UAUGACGUCACCGUGUUGUUGCGCCAGGCGGUGUUGCAGUAGCUGAUCCGACGUGAUGAGUCAGCGAUCUGAGCGGCGAGGGAUCCAUGUGGACCAGUCGGAGCUGCUGUGUAAGAAGGGAUGUGGUUACUAUGGUAACGCGGCCUGGCAGGGGCUGUGCUCUAAGUGCUGGAGGGAAGAGUACCAGCGUGCACGACAGAAACAGAUCCAGGAGGACUGGGAACUUGCUGAGAAAUUACAGAGGGAGGAAGACGCAGCGUACGCCAGCAGUCACGGCCCUCAGUCUCAGCCUUCUCUCACUCCUUUCUCCAAGUUUGAGGAGAAAAAAACCAACGAGAAAACACGCAAAGUGACAACAGUGAAAAAGUUCUUCAGCCCAUCAUCACGCAGCACGGCCAAGAAAGAGAAAGGGAGGGAUGAGGAGAGAGAGAAAGAGAGAGAGAGGGAGAAAGAGAGAGGAGAGAAGGUGCAGGGCAGGAGGGAGAGUCACGGAGAGACACUGCUGCGAGAUCUGAAGGGUAUAUUUACACACUCGUGGGAGAUCGUGUCUCCGACUGAAGAGAGUCAUGAGGCGAAGACCCACAGUCCGUCGUUUGUGCGUCAGUCGAGUGUGGAGACAGAUCAGGUGUCCAGGGAAUUUGUGGAGUUCCUGAGGAGUUUAAAACCUGGACGAGAAAUUCACAAGCAGAGCCGAGCCUUUGUGGAGAGCAUGGGGAAUAAAAAGGACCUCGGUGCUGACGAGCUCUCAGAGUGUGUGCAGGAUUUCUACCAGAACAUGUCUGACCGUCUCCUCUCUCACUUUAAAGGUUCCUCUGAGAAGGUGGAGCGAGUGAUGGACCAGGUGGAGAAGUACAUCAUGACUCGUCUCUACAAGAGUGUGUUCUGUCCUGAGACCACUGACGAUGAGAAGAAAGAUCUGACUACGCAGCACAGGAUCCGGGCAUUACACUGGGUGACCAUCCAGAUGCUGUGUGUUCCUGUGGAUGAAGAAAUUCCAGAAGCAGCUGAUAGUGUAGUAAAGGCCAUUACAGAUAUAAUCGAGAUGGACUCGAAGCGUGUGCCGAGAGAUAAGCUGGCCUGCAUCACCAGCUGCAGCAAACACAUCUUCAACGCCAUCAAAGUGACGAAGAAGGAGCCGGCGUCGGCCGACGAUUUCCUCCCUACACUCAUUUACAUCGUGCUGAAGGCCAACCCGCCGCGCCUGCAGUCCAACAUCCAGUACAUCACACGCUUCUGCAACCCGAGCAGGCUGAUGAGCGGAGAGGACGGGUACUACUUCACCAACCUGUGUUGUGCGGUGGCGUUUAUCGAGAAGCUGGACGCUCACUCACUCAACCUGAGCGUGGAGGAUUUUGAGCGUCACAUGUGCGGCGGCUGUGGAUCCGGUGAGGUUUCCCCACGCAGGAGAUCCGAGUCGGCGUCCCCGUGGCCGGUCGAGCUGCUCUCGGCUCUGCAGAAACGGCAGCAGCAGGUUCUGGCGGAGGCACAGGAUCUUCAGGUUGAGCUCCAGCGCUGGCAGGAGGGCGUGGCCUGCGAGGUGCAGGACAUCCUCGACAAAUAUCCGCUGGAGAUCAAAAAGCAUGCAGCACAUACCAUUGAUUCUGAGAACGAGGAGAACGACCGGCUGCCCCCACCCCUGCAGCCUCAAGUGUUCGCCGGAUAGAAACCAUAACAAAACUGAAGGAGUCAAAAAGAGUCAGUGUGAGAGUCAGAGUGAGUCAGUGUCGGAGUGAGUCAGAGUGAAACUGAGUCAGUGUCAGAGUGAGUUAGUGUCAGAGUGUGAAAGUGAGUCAGUGUCAGAGUGUGUGAGUGAGACAGUGUCAGUAAGUGAGACAGUGUCAGUAAGUGAGAGUGAGUCAGUGUCAGAGUGAGUCAGUGUCAGAGUGAGUCAGUGUCAGAGUGAGUCAGUGUCAGAGUGAGUGAGUGAGUCAGAGUGAGUGAGUCAGAGUGAGUGAGUCAGAGUGAGUGAGUGAGUCAGAGUGAGUGAGUGAGUCAGAGUGAGUGAGUGAGUCAGAGUGAGUGAGUGAGUCAGAGUGAGUGAGUGAGUCAGAGUGAGUGAGUGAGUCAGAGUGAGUGAGUCAGAGUGAGUGAGUCAGAGUGAGUGAGUCAGAGUGAGUGAGUCAGAGUGAGUGAGUCAGAGUGAGUGAGUCAGAGUGAGUGAGUCAGAGUGAGUGAGUCAGAGUGAGUGAGUCAGAGUGAGUGAGUCAGAGUGAGUGUGUCAGAGUGAGUGUGUCAGAGUGAGUGUGUCAGAGUGAGUGUGUCAGAGUGAGUGUGUCAGAGUGAGUGUGUCAGAGUGAGUGAGUCAGAGUGAGUGAGUCAGAGUGAGUGAGUCAGAGUGAGUGAGUCAGAGUGAGUGUGUCAGAGUGAGUGUGUCAGAGUGAGUGUGUCAGAGUGAGUGUGUCAGAGUGAGUGUGUCAGAGUGAGUGUGUCAGAGUGAGUGUGUCAGAGUGAGUGUGUCAGAGUGAGUGUGUCAGAGUGAGUGAGUCAGAGUGAGUGAGUCAGAGUGAGUGAGUCAGAGUGAGUGAGUCAGAGUGAGUGAGUCAGAGUGAGUGAGUCAGAGUGAGUGAGUCAGAGUGAGUGAGUCAGAGUGAGUGUGUCAGAGUGAGUGUGUCAGAGUGAGUGUGUCAGAGUGAGUGUGUCAGAGUGAGUGUGUCAGAGUGAGUGUGUCAGAGUGAGUGUGUCAGAGUGAGUGUGUCAGAGUGAGUGUGUCAGAGUGAGUGUGUCAGAGUGAGUGUGUCAGAGUGAGUCCAGGUGCAGCAGUGUGAGUCAAAAUCAGUCACUGUGAAUCUGUGUAUCAUUUUGCGUCAGUGUCUCAGAGUCUAAUCAAGCUCAGAAUAAGAAUACUGUCUGUUUAAGCUAUAGUAAUAACACACACAUACACACACACACACACGUAAUAUAAACGUGUGCACUAGGGGGCAGUGUGGCUUUAUCCAGACCACAGUGUACAGAAGGUCUGCUGUUCAAAUGCACUUUUAGAUCAAACCAGUGAGGCACGACAUAAAUUAUUGUACAACUCACAGCUGUGAUCAUUUAAGAGAGAUGAUGAUGAUGAUGAUGAUGAUGAUGAUGAUGAUGAUGCUCUUUCUGUGUUUGUGUCUCUCGAAUCCUGACAUUUAGGGUACAUCUGCUUUUAAAAGAUUUACGAUCUUUUUAAGAGGUUUUUUUUCCUCCUGAGCUUUUCGUCAGUACUGAUAGAAGGACACAAGAGAUACAUCUGCAUUCCACUUCCCUGCUUUCGUCACUCUGCAGGCUGGAAUUGGUGUCUUUUAGGUUCUUUAAUGUACUGAAACACAUCCUUUUCAGCCAGCAGUUUACUUCCUGUUCUCUGAUCAUUUCAGCUCCAUAUCGUCACUGAUCUCAGUGAUUCACACUUCAAUGAUGACUGACUGGAGCUGCAUUGUGUGCUGGUGAGGGGUACAGUGUGUGUGUGUUCCUUUGGGUCUUUCACCAGGAACACAUGCGACUUCACCAGAAAGAAUGUAACUGAAGAAUAAAACACAAACCCACACCAUCAGGUGAGGGAGACUAAGUGACACCUGGUGCUCUGUUAACACUCUGCACUUCUCACCACUGUACACCAUUACACAGUGCAGGGUGUGUUAGUGCUGCAUUACUGUCCUUAAUCAUUAUGAGCACUUAGAUCUGACGUGUUCACUUCUCAUCUGAUGAACUGUUCAUGAAUCGGCUCUUCACACGGCCAAAUGAUUGAACCAUGGAGAUGAAGUGAAACUCAAACUACAUUUAAUCUACUUCACACACACACACACACACACACACACACACACACACUGCAUUAAUGUUGACUACUUGUAAAAUUUGCUUGAAAUAUUGUAAGUAAUCCCCAUCAUUCCUUGAGCUUCAGGUCUGAUUGUAAACAUGUUCAUUUCAAUCGUCUUCAUUUUUUCCUUCAUAACAUAACUGUACUGUUCAGUGGUGUGACAUUGAGCUGAUAAACAUUUGUACGUUAUACUGCGAUAUUUAAGUCUAUAUGUUUUAGGAAAAGAAAUCUUAUUAUCAGAUGUUAGUCACAAGCUAAUCAGCAUAAAUCACCAAACUAACUAAUGAGUAAGAGGUGGAGAUUCUCUGCUUGUUGUGAGUAACGAUGGGUUUCUAACGUGGAUAUUAACGCUCAGUAAACACAGACUCCUGAGUGACCCGUGAUAAAGACUUAACACUUUAGAACUGUUCAGCUGUUGAGGUACAUUUACACACUAACUAAUCGUGAUUGAGGUGCUGUAAUGUGAGGUUAUAAUUUAUACUGCUUUUAUUUAUAAAGUACAGAUAACCGACUGGGUUUUGCUUUUCUGUCAUUUCUUGUAAAUAAAUAAAAAAAAAGCAGAAUAUAAAAGCAUGA